CUGCAAGCGGACACCUUCCAGAGCUGGCCACGCCAGAACAGACCAGGGCAGACCAGAACGCACCAGAGCAGACCUGAACGCACCAGAACGGACUACCGCAGAGAGGAGCCAGGAUGAGCAAGGACAACGACAAAGAAACAAACAUCAAUGUGAUCGUGAGAGUCAGGCCGAGGAACUCCAAGGAAAUCGCCGAGAACAGUCCUUCGGUUGCGUCGGCCCAGAAUGGCAAGGAAGUGCUGCUGAAGGUUGGACCGGGCUCGAGCUCGAUGAGCACCAAGACCUAUCAUUUCGACAAGGUUUUUGGGCCAGAAAGCACCCAGAAGAACGUCUUCGAUCAAGUGGUCUCUCCCAUAUUGGAGGAGGUCUUGAUGGGCUACAACUGCACCAUAUUCGCUUAUGGCCAAACGGGAACCGGCAAGACCUACACGAUGGAGGGCAACCUCACGGACCCCAAUCACCCUGAUGCUGGUGUGAUCCCGCGAACCCUGUUCGCACUGUUCGAUGCGUUGGACGGCGAAUGCGCAGAGUACACGGUCAGAGUUUCGUUUGUUGAGCUCUACAAUGAGGAGCUGAAGGACCUGCUUUCUCCCGAGGACGAUUUCCGAAAGCUGCGGAUCUACGACGAUCUUUCUCGGAAGGGAUCGGUGGUGAUCCAAGGGCUGGAGGAGAUCAUGGUCAAAAACGCCCAAGAUGUGAUUUCAAUCCUGCAAAAGGGAUCGCAUAAGCGCCAGAUCGCGGCCACCAAGAUGAACGAAGUCUCGAGUCGAUCCCACAGCAUCUUUUCAAUCACCGUCCACACCAAAGAGUCAACGCCUGAUGGAGAGGAGCUGCUGAAGAUCGGAAAGCUCAAUCUUGUCGACUUGGCUGGCUCUGAGAACAUUGCCCGAUCCGGUGCCGAGAAAAUGCGAGCCAAGGAGGCCGGAAUGAUCAACCAGAGCCUGCUCACUCUGGGCCGCGUUAUCGACGCCCUUGUGGGUCGCAGCCCGCACAUUCCCUAUCGCGAGAGUAAACUGACUCGCCUCCUCCAAGAUUCACUCGGUGGCCGCACCAAGACUUGCAUCAUUGCUGCAGUAUCUCCGGCCAAGUGCAACUUGGAAGAAUCGCAGUCCACGCUGGACUACGCCAGUCGAGCCAAGAACAUCCGAAACAAGCCCGAAGUCAACCAGAAGAUGACCAAGAAGGCGCUGAUACGCGAGUAUGCCUUCGAGAUCGAGAGGCUGCAAAACGACCUGCAGGCUGCGCGAGACAAGAACGGCAUCUACUUGUCGCAGGAGACCUACCAAAGCAUCGUUGGUGAGAGCCAGGGACGAAAGGAGCGCAUCGAGGAGCUCCUGAAGAACAUCGAGCACCGCCAAGAAAUGAUCCGUCAUCUCGAGACAAAGUUUGAGCAACACACAGAGCUGCUCAAGACCACGAACGAAAGUCUGACUGCGGCCCUGAAUGAGAUUGACGAGAAGAAAAAUGAACUGAAUGAGACCCUCCAACAAUUGGAAACCACCCGCGAUUCCCUCCAGAACCAAAUCAUCAUCACGAGUGCCUAUGCCGAAACCGAGAAGCGCAUGGAUGCGCUCGCCUCCGGUCUCGUCUCCACACUCAAGUCGAGCGUGCAAGAUAUUCACGGACUGCAUUCCAAGCUAGAGCGCAAGUCGGCCCUCGAGAUCCAAAACACCAGAGUCUUCUCGGAAUUCCAAGAGGACCUGCAGAGCCAUGUCCACACGAUCGAAACCCAAGUCGAUAAUAUGAGAAACAGUACCAGCGAGUUUCUGGAUUCGCUCGCCAGCAAAUUUGGACUGUGUUCGUCACAGCUAUCCAAGGACUGGGCUGAUGCUUUGGCCCAGCACGAUGCUGGCCUGCAUCAUUUGCUCGGCCAUAGCGAGCAAAUCAAGGCCCAACUUGAUACCGGUAAUCAAGCACUGCAAAGUGAUUUGAGCCAGCUCGAAGACUUGAUCAAGGCCAUUCGCAUAGAGGCACACGACCGAGCCCGUGCCAGUGUCGAGGGCAACGUGCGUGUGUUCGAGUCGAUGAGGCAGGCUUUCGGACAGCACCAGACCGAGAUGCUUGUCUGGAGCCAGCAGUUUGGCAGCGAGCUCCGAGCUGCGUUCUCAACCAUGGAAGGCUACAUCAACCAGCGCAAGGUCGCCGAGUCACAGCGAGAAGCACAGGUGCAGCAAGUGCUUCGUGCCGAGAUCACUGCCCUGCAGGAGCAAAACCGCUUAUUGCGUGAGCAGCUGGCACAGGAACGCGAGGCCGUGCCUUUGGCAACGCAGACCCUGCUCUCGGAUAUCACGCAGCUGGUCACAGCGUUCUCUAGUCGCCGAGAGCAAGCAUUCACUGAGACGGCGACCCGACAGUGCGAUGCUGCCCAAGAGCGGAUUGAUCGUCUGGAAGGUCUCUUUAGCACCGCAGCGGCGUUUGCCGACGACUCGGUCAAGACGCACGAUGCGGCACUUGUGGAGCUAGGCACACGAUCGACCGACGCAGAGAAAACGUUGGCACUCGGAAGCAACCUGGUGGAUGAGAAGAUGCGGUCGUUUGUCGAUGGUACACAUGGUGUUCAGCAGACCCUGCAGGCGCACACUGAAGCCACCGUGGAUACCGUUGAGCAAGGCACCACGAAGCUGGCGGCCACUGUCGAGGCUGCCCAACUGGCUCGGCAACAGAGACACGAAGCUGCGGCCGAGACGGCCACGGUUGCAGAGCAGGAUACACAAAGUAUCCUCAACGAUAUGAAGACACGAUCAAGUCAACUUGGCGAGGCAACCUUGGCGCACUUGAGUGCAUGGGCACAGGAGACCGAAGAGUUCACCGGUUCCGCAUCCGAGGAUCUGUUCGAUCAGAUCGACUCUACAAUCGACCAGAUGCAGCAAAAGAUUGCGUGCCAGGUGAUUGCCAUUGACACUCCGACGGGCAAGACUCCGCGCAAGAGACCGAUCCGAUUCCCUGUCCAGUGGUCGCUCACACGGAGCCCAAGUACGCUGAUCAAGGAAUACCGUGCCAACGCCAGCGCCCACGCCGCAACCAUGGCCCCGGAAGGAAGCGAGCACGACGGUGGCAUGAUUGGAGAGCCAUGUCCAUCGCCAGCACCAUCACCACUUCCAACGCCAACGAGCAUCCGGCAGCGCACAUCCGGAUACGAAGGCAUCGGCAACGAGCCCAGCGACACGCGCAUGUUUGAUGCGGUGAUGGAGACGCCUGGGGCUGCAUCGUCGCGGCAGGUGUCAAUGACGCCGAUGGCAAGCAAGCUGCCCACACGCCGCCAGCCGUCCGUGCGCUUCUCGGCCGCGGAUGAUCAAUGACAUGCGGCGAUGCCUGGCGAAGGCCAGAGGGCACAGCGCCCGGCCGAGUCAACAACAGAGCGAGGAUUUGAAAGGGGGGAGGCAGAGCCCAGCUGCUUCUCUGCGUAAAUCUCUGGCUACUGCCCAUUCGGGCACAAGAAGGCCGAUGCAUUCGGGACAACCGCUUCCGUGUGUCAGCAUCCCUGAUGGCUUUGCCCGAUAGUUUCGCCCAAUAGCGCAAUUCGGGGUGCGGUUGCCUCCAAAGUCGAUGGUCUUUGAGCCACGAGCCGCUUUCGAGAGAUGGUGUCAUUGACGAACGGAAUACAGCUUGCUGCACGGGCGAACCAGACCAUCGCCGAUCGAGUGGGG